UUCCUCGUCCCAUCCACAACUUCGUCAUCACAUUUUCCCGUCAGUCAGCUGCGCCAUUCAUACACUCCAUGAAAAACAGGUGCUCAGACACACAGGAGACAGUACUAAUCUAAGGCAACGGCGACACUUGUGCCACUCUGCUCCAUAGCAUUGUCUCUCAGCUUACCCUAAUCUCCGCCCUCCAUCGCCAUUUUCAGCCGCAUUCCCACCCACGCUACGCCUUCCAUCCGCUUCACUCGCUACCACCGUCAAACGACCGCAUUAUGGCCGCCACUCAGCAGCCCUCUGCUACGACCGUUCCAGCCGCGUCGUCCGAGUCUUGGGAGGACGCGAUGCGCACCGAGCUCGCCGCGUGGUUCGCCGACUCCGACUGGACCGACGAGGCGCCGUCAAUGACGGUUUCCGUCGGAUCUAACGCCCUCUGUCAACUUAACGGAGUCGCGACCGUCGGCCUUCCGCCGGACGCGGUCUUCUCGAUCGUCUGCGACCCGCACAACCGCCGCGUCUUUAAGAACAUCAAGUCCGUUAAGAACGAGCGCGUCAUUAGUGACUGUAACGGGGUGAAGGAGCUCGAGAUGGACAUGGUGUUCACGUUCCAGCUGCCCUUCUUUACAGGCACGUUCGAGGCGCACAUGCGCAUGGUGCACGACCGCCCGAACCGCAAGAUGUCCUUUGCCCUUACGCGCCCCGGCCUCAUGCGCAAGUUCGAGGGCUUCUGGCAGGUCGAGCAGCUUGUAGUCCCCGUUUCCGCCGCUUCCGCUUCCGCUGCCUCCGCCACUUCCGCCACUUCCGCAUCAUCCGCCUCUUCCGCUUCCGCCGCCACUUUCGCUCCCCCCUCCCCGCUAUCCGACUCCUUCCGCUCCGACAGCCUCGGCGAGAGCGACUGGGACAGCAGCAGCGCCAGCAGCAGCAGCCCGAGCCGCGACUUCACCACCACAGAGCCCAGCGCAGAUCUCGCCUCAUCCCGCGGCGCGCGCGUGGCGUCGCGGCUGGUGCUGCAUCAGGUGGUGCAGCCGUCCGUGGCGCCGCCCGCCAUCUUCAAGCGGUGCAUCCACAUCGUGCUGCAGAUGGCCACUAAAGACGUGCUGAGCGUCUUCCAAUGCGAGGCCAAGGCGAUUAGGAGCCGCAAGGGGCAGCAGGAGGAGGGGACGCGAGGAGGCGAGGGGAAGGAGGAGAAGAAGGGAGGAGGGAAGAAGAAGGACGGAGUGGAAAUUAAGGCCGCUGCUGUGGCGGGGGCUGUGGCUGGGGCUGUUGCCGGUGCUGUUGUGGGUGCUGCUGCUGGGGUUGCUGUCGCAAAGAAUGCCGAUUCAAUCACGCUCGCAUCUCGCGUGUGGGGACUCAUGAGGAGCACAGCUUAGGCGUGUCAAUAGACCAACGUGGCGCGCUCUCUGCAGGAAGUGAAGGGAGAAUGCGUGUGCUGCUGCUGCUUCCACCGUUGGCGCUCGCCGCGGGUGAUUUGCCGUGUUGUUCUGGGGAAUAAUUGUUUGUAGGUGCGUGCCGUCGCUCCGCACCACGUCCGGGGGCUCUACCUUGGUGCUUGCUCUGGGUUGUGUUGUGUGUGUUCAACAGGCAUUGGGCUCGCUGUCUGCGACUGUUGAGUCAGAAGCUGUGAGUCAGAGGCGGCGGCAAUAGGCAGCAGAUGUUGGGUUGUGUGUCAGAGCUCAAGGCUUUGGGAUGCCAUCAUGCCAUCAUGACCCUCCCAACUCUUUGAACCCUGAUUUCUUUACGUUUCUUUAGAAUUUUGUACAUGGUUAGUGUAAUAAUUUGACAGGUGUUGCAGGAGACUAAGUACAGAAUCUGCAAACAUGAACACUUGGAAAACCUCAAGUGUCAGCCUAGGAACUUUACUGGAAUGGUAGACUAGUAAGACAGCGGAAGUCUUGUA